UUUCUCUCUUUUUCACUCUCAUCACUUUGGCCUCUACUUCUCCUCCUGCUAACUAUCUCUCUGCGUUAGCCUCUCUGCAGUGGGCCAGUGUUUCCUUUCACAGUCAUACUGAUGUUUUUCUCUUGGGUUGUAAUAAGUAACAUCUGUAACACAGAGCAGUGAAGUGUUGAACAAAUUAAUUUACUUUGUUCCGUUGACCAUGCACAAGAGAGUGACUCUCUUUCUCUGACUCUCUCUCUCUAUGCCACAACAUUGACAGCUGUUCAUCAAGGUCGUAAGUGUUCAUUGACGCUCCCUCCCUCUCCCUCUCUGACUCUCUUUCUCUGAUUCUCUCUCUCUCUGACUCUCCCUCUCUCCUUAAUCUUGGUUAAAAGUCGAGUUAGCACCGUCGCCAUCGCGGCAGCAGGCCGAAGUGUCUAACAGGCUGGACACACAACUCUACAUUCAAGGCAAAAAAUCAAAGAGUAAAAAGCAUGAAACCAAGUAAUAAAACCCCUCCACACAUUUAAAUGAUUCAACAGAGCAACAAAAAGAGAAUAAAGUCAAAGGUUAUCAGAUGUAAACCGCUCUGUGUUCACCAUGAACAUUACACCCUCUUUCUUUUCCCCUCCUUCAAAGUUGUUAACGUUUCUUUUUAACCUCCGGUUCUCUGUCUCCAUGUUUUUGUCCUUGCAGAUGAGAUUGACAUGUUGGAGCGUCUCUGGCUGUCUGGUAUCUGUCACAAUGACAAGAUCGAGGUUAUGAGCAGUAAGCUGGACAUAGACAACAUGGCGGGAGUGUUUUACAUGCUACUGGUGGCUAUGGGUUUGAGCCUUCUUGUCUUUGCCUGGGAACAUCUGGUUUACUGGAAGCUGCGUCACUGCAUGAAGCGUUCGGGCGGGAUGGACUUUCUUCUGGCCCUGAGCAGGGGGAUGUACAGUUGCUGUCAGUUUGAGGAUGAGACCGCGUCAGGAGGUAGGAAAAGCUCCUUGCCCCAGUACCACACCAUGACCGCGAUGCCUACAGGACCCCAACAACACCUCGUUACAGCUACAGUAAAUAAUACGGCUGCCAUUGCCAUGGUGCAGCAGAAGCACCACCCACAACAGCAACAGGGACCGACCUAUACCACCAUGCUACCUGGAUCACCCCCAGCCACAGGUCACUCAGCAAUGGCUCUUGGACCCUCAAACAGCCCCUUACUUGAAGGCCCCAUGCCCUGCUCCACCUUCUUGCCUCGGCAUGAUCGCAGACUUGCCGUGGUAGAUCGAUGGAACAGACCAAAGCCAGAGAAAGUAUUGAGCCAAGGCAGUGGUGUGGGUGGUGUGGGUAUUGGAGGGAUAGCUGGAGGAAUCACUGAAAUUCAGGCCCAGCAGCAGUUCCAGCAAAACCUUGGACAGCAUUGGAGCCUGCAAGGAGGAGUUGCAGUUGGAGCAGGAGGAGGAGGCGACACAGGGCUAGAUGAAUAUAAGCGCUAUUAUGGUCCUAUAGAUCCAGAGGGGCUAGGAGCUACCUCUGAACAACACGCUGGGGGCACACAGCAGACUCCCAAAGCCAAUCCGCGAGGCCCGAAAGCCUCAGGGAUGCCACGCCUCCCUCCUAAGGGCCCUCAACAAGGCCCAGGAACACUGAUCUCCAAGCCACCUCCACUGCUUCCAUCUUCCCCGAGAAGGCCGCCUUUCUGGCGACGAGGAAGCCUAGCUCAGGCGAGGAGGAAAGGAUCGGGAGGUCCCCUUUAUGAGAAUAUACUCCCUCUUGGAAGGCGAGGCGGUGGAAGGUAUGGAGCGAGUGAUGGAGGUGGAAGGAGAGGGCGACGACCUCCUCCACCUCCUCCGCUACCUGUACCCCUUUCCUCCCCAACACAUACUCCUACCACGCCCUCCUCCCCAUGCCGUUUCUACUCUACAUGCUCGAGUGCCUCGUCCUCUUCCUCCUCCUCUACAUCCUCCUCAUCUUCUUCGUCAUCCUCUGUCUCACUCUCUCGGUCAAACUCCCUCUCCUCAUGCUCUACUGACAGCUCCUGCAACUCUUCGCUGAGUUUCAGGUACAGAGCAGGCGACCGGGACAUCACGGUCGAUGACGAUUAUGACUCAGAUAUGCUCACAGAGGAGUCCAGCCUUCUUUUGGGGUCGCGGCGGAAGAUCCGUUCGCGUCGCAUGUCAUCCCGCUCACUGCCAUGCAGCCCACCGCCUCCGCCAAUCCCACCCAGGAAGCCACGUCCUCUAAAAGAUUAUGGCAGGGAAAGAACAGGCAGCCAGCUAGCCCAAUUACAAGAGUGGUGGGCAUCGUGGGGCGAAAGACAGCGAGUGAGGGGAGGCACAACAACGACCCGGGGAGACGGAGGAGUGGGUAGAGAGGAGAAGAGGCACAACAAAGAGAGGGAGCGUGAGAGGAAGAGGAGGAAGAAAGGUCGAAAGAAAAAGAAGAGAGAGGAGAGGGAGAGAGAAAGGGAGCGAAAGCGACGCAAAACAAAAAAGAAGAGGAAGAAAGAGGAUAAGACGAGAAAGAGAGAGCGGAAGCGAUCGGAACAGGAGGGGGGGGAUGUCGAGAAAAGAGAGGAACUCAAAUCAGGGACUCCGGAAUACCCAUCAUACCCACCCCUGAGACGAGAGUCUUUUAGGAAAAAGAGUGAAAGCUCAAUCAGGAGCUAUGGAUGGAACAUCCCAGGUGAAGAGGAGAGGAAGGAUAGAGAGGAAAAAGAGAGAGAAGAUGGGGAAGAUAGCCGAGGAAAAGAAAGACACCACAGGCGAAGGAACAGCAAGCACUAUCAAAGCUCUAGCAGCAAGCCUUCUACAUCUGUCAAGUUCUGGGGAGGGGGCAACCCGUCCUCUGACACCAUUCCAUCUGCCUUUCUGCCCUUGUUGCCUGUUUCUUCUAAAAGGAGGAAAAGUAAAAGUUCGGAGAGGGAUGCUGUAGGAAUUGAGGGCGAGAGGAGGCCUUUGUUAGGAAGGACUGGGAGAGGUGAGAUGCACUCCAAGGAAGGGUUGUCCUUCCACGAGUGGGAGUCGGAAGUAGAGGCCGAGGAAGAAGAUUCUGAGCUGGAGAGGAGGAAAGCAGAGCGUGGAAAGAGGCGUGCAGGAGGAAGGACAAUGUCAGACGAGGAGCGGGAACGAGAUAAAGUAAUUGGGAUAUAUUCAGAUGAUGAUGGUUCUUCUGGGGAGUUUGGGAAGUUUGAACGGUACUGGGAGGAUCAUGAAGGCAGGGCAGUAGGAGGUAUUGGAGGGGGAGGGUGGUUUUUCAGUACCUACCCCUCAAGGGAUAAAGCAGGCAGUAUCAACAGCAGAGAUGACCUGUUCCUGGAGCGAGGAGAGAGGUGGGGAACAGCAGAAAGUGGAUGGGGCUCUAUUGGUGGUGGAGGAGGAGGAGAUGGAGGAGAGAGAGGUUGGGGAUCAGGAUCACACUGGCCUCCACCUCCUCUGACGCCACCACCUCCUCGACGAUACUGGUCUGUGGACAAACUCCACAUACAGGAUGAGAAGAAGAGUAAACGCAAGUCAAAGGACAAAGGAAGAGGGCACGCAGCCUGUUCCUCCUGUCAUUCCCCGCGACGCCAUCCGAACUCCCGUUCCUCCAAAUGGGCUCGCAUAACCUCACGGAGCCAGGAAGAGCUGUACCAGCACUGCAAGAGUUUUGGUGGUCCCCUGAAGCCCAAACAUGACUCCUCAUCCUCCUCUAAACCCGAUCGCUCUCAAAAUCCAUCCAAAUCUGGCAGCCAGUCAAACGUCAGCGUCCAGCAGCGUACACAGAGAGCAGACAGGGAUCGAGGACGGCAGCCAUCCCCACCUCCGACCCUCAUUCCUAACUUGCCGCCUUCACUCCCUGCACUUCCUGCUCCUCCGUCCUCAUCUCACCCUAUCCAUGUUCCCCCCCCUACCUCCUCCUCCUCUGUAUCCUCUCCUUCUGUGGUCUCAUCCACCCCAGGGGCACCUCAGCCCUCAUCCAUGGCUUCUGCAAGUGCUAAACUACAGUAUCAGAGAUUGCGCUCUGUACCUCAGCCCCAGAGGUAUCCUCAGUCUCCUCAUUUACCACUCAAAGCCAAGAGCCUUUGCUCGCGAAGGGGCUCAGCCCAUUUCUCCAGCGUGGAGAGUGAGGUCUGAAGUUCAACAACAUGUCAUUAAAAGGGCCCUGCAAGGCUGAUCCAAAGCAGGUGAUCUGAUUGUGAAUCUGCCCAGCAGCACACAUGGCUGCACAGCCAAGUCAGUACAUGGACGCACUGAGCCCUUUCCUAAAGUUCUGCACAAGCAAACAAUCCAGAAAGCCAAACAAGCCCAAUUGUGUCGGUCAAAGGAAAACAGGAGCAAUCGUUUGCUUACAGUUAUUUUUUUUUUCAUGCCUAUAAGUAUGUGAAAGACUAAAACCACUGGAACAACUUGCAUUCUUACCUGGGUACACCAAUAAACUAAAAGCAAAUCAGACUUUUGAAAAGGUACAGCUGAAGGAGACUCCUUUGCUAUAGUUAGUAAAGGGCUUUCGAUGUUAAAGCAGAGCUGUAGUUUGUAUUCAGAGGAUUCUUUAUGCUUACUGAGGGCUCAGGAACUUUGUAGUUCUGUAUGCCUGCUGCUCUCAGAAGCCUUUAAAACAGAACAGUGUUCUUAUUUUUUCCCUUAAACAAAUUGCUAACCCCUCCUUUCCUUUUUCCUCAACAAACUGUUUACAUCCCCGCAGAACUGUGAUGCCUUGCCAAGGCACCUGUGUUGUGUAUGAUCAUUACCGUGUUGUUUAGGAGAUGUGGGUGAUAACCACCUUCUCUUCUUCUCUGUUAUUCAUACACCUGUUCUUGGUGUGUUCUCUUUUGUUCCAAUCUUUAUCCCCGUUUUAUCUCCCCUAUCCUACUCUUCCCCUUAUUUAGCCUUGAAUUAUUUUUAUAUUUUCUUUACCUCCUUAUUCCAACGUCUAUCCUCUCUUCAUCUAUCUUGUCUUUUCCUCUCUUGUACUCCCUCCCUGGCUCCUCUCCUUGAUGUGAUUAUUCUGUGUGUCUGUGCUCUUCUGUGUUUGUAUUCUUGACAACAGGGUAAGUCAACUGUGACUGAUAUUCUUCUGGCUUAAUGAAAAGCUGAGUGCCAAACUUUAGUAGAGCUUCACAUCAAUCUGUACAACGUUAGCUGCUGUGUUUUCUUUAAUCUCACAGAAUAUUCAUCAUAUCAAAUACACAUAAAUGCAUAUAAACACUUGUACAUUCAUAAAUUUGCACACAGAUACCUGCAGACAGUCAGUUCAUCUCAUUAUAUGUCUUGAGCAAUACAUUAUUCACCUUCUGAUCACAUAACAGUUUUAUACUUUGAAAUCUUUUAUUUCACUUCUGUUUUAAAAGUUGUUGUCAAUGUUUUUGAUGGUGUUCUAUUUAUCAAAACAUGUAUUAAGUCUAAUACAAUGCAAGCACUGUGCCAUACUACUCAAGCUGCACAUGAAAACAUUUUCUCAACUACCUAACUACGACAAUGGAGGCAGUGUCAUUUCCCUCGCUGUAUUCGACUGAAUGUAAAGUCAGCCACUCUCAAGUGUGCUGCAACAAUUUAGACGCUUGGAGAUGGAAAUUGUAGCAUUCGUUGUAGUUAAUGUGUGAGAGAGCUGAGCAGGUUGACUUGAGGUCACUGUUGACAUAGCCUGAUAACAAUAAGCAAUGGUAUACCAUCUGCAAUGGUUUACUGUUUCAAUUGUGUUCAAAUAGUUUAUUUAUUUAAAUUGCAGUCCAAUUGGUGCCAAGACUAGAAUACAGUACAAUUUUUCAGAACUAAACCUUCUCAACCCAGGUGUGCUUGCCGUCAAGCAGGAGAUAUUUAUCUAACAUGCUAGGUGGAGCUACAAAGUGUUGUUAGACCAGAUUGUUGAAAGGAAAUACAUAUUUCCUGUUAGCCUUAUGCUAAUUGCUCCUGCCAUAUGUUCUUUGGAAAUUACAAGUGUGUAGGUAUGUUCUUCAACCAACAUGUCUAUGGUUAGCUUGAUGCUACCAAGAUAGCAUGACUGGGUGGAAAAGAAUCUAGUGGAGUGACGUUUUGAUGUCAAGAUGAGACUGUGCCUCAGUUGGAUGCUAGCUAGCAGAUGAGACAGUCUUGAAGAAGUGCUAGAUCUGAGUGAUGGGGUAUGGACGACAGUAGCACCUGCUGUGCAAUCUUGUUUUUUAAAAAGUAUUUUACAUACAACCAAGAGCUAUUGCUUUGAUAGGUUAGGAUGACCGAGCUGACACCAGCAGUUACUUUUCGAUGUCAAGGACCUAGCUAAGUUAGCUGUUUAUGUCCGUCUGACCCGAGGCUGUGUCCCAAAUCACACACUAUCACUCACGUUAUACGCCAUUUUGAAGUGCUGUCUGAUUUCCGAGUGAGCAUUAUCAUAUCCUUUAUAGGGAACUCAUUGUUUCCCAAAGCGCAUUGCAAAAAGUAAUGGUCACUAAACCAGAAAUAUACCAUCAUGCACUGCAGUGCAAAGCCUUUGUGAGCGGAAAGUGACGUUUGACUCCAUUUAAACAGUCAAACGUCAGUUAUUUUUAUUUGGAGACAUUUUUACCAAAAUCUAGGAGCUUUUUUUAAUGGAGGGUUACAAAGCCUGACCUUAGUUAUUCCUAAUGAUGAUGAACCGCCAGGCACACACAUCUGUAUGCACACAUAAAUGUUUCAUUAAUUUGUGAAAAACACAGAACUUUAUAUUGAUUUAAUAAAUGUUAUUGUUUAGUAAAAAUACGCCUAGUAUCAUAUCUGCAGCGAAAUUGUCUUGUCCAAGGACACAUCGGACAUGUUACUGCAGGAGCUAGGGAUCGAACCUGUGACCUCCAAUUAAGGAGUGCAGGAAAUGAGUAUGUGAUUUCAGACACAACCUAGGAUUUAGUAUCUGGACACCCUUAACAUCAGGGGAGUUUUUAUGUCGUCGAUGAGCCGCUAACUUGAGGCUGAUUGUGUUUCUCAGUCGAUCAAAAAGCCUGAACCAUCUGUCCCGUAACAGUCUGGUCAGCUCUCGUUGUUUGCCUUGAACUGCAUCUGAGCCAUAAUUUCCUUCAGCUGAACAAAACAGCAAGAAAACCUUAAGUUUUUAACAUAACAUGUUGCGUAGAGUUUGUUUGCCCUGUUUUAGAAAAAAAAAAAUCUGUCUAUAUGUCAUAUAUAUAAUUAUUUGUGGAGGUGGGUAGCAUUAUAGAAAACUGUUGUUUAGCAGCUCAAUAUUUGGGGGAAUUCUUUCUCAUUUUAAAGCGCAUUACAAUGAUACAUAUUUUAAAGUUAUAUGUGAAAACACUUAUUCCUUAAUAUUGACAGGGAAAUUCUAAAGUCCGCUUUGGAGUUUUACUUGCUUCAAAAAAAUGGACUUAAUGAAAACUACUUGCCGUUUUUUUCUGUUGCUUAUUACAAUCAAGAAUCAACAGCUUAUACAAAUUUUAAAUGAAUCCAGGAAAAGCUUGGAGCAACUGCCAAUUUCCACACAGUCCAUGCGCGCAGCGGUCCGUCAGCGCCGUUCGCUUCCACUCUAGUCAAUGCUCCUGUUUCCACAGAAAGCGCUGCUGUCCGUCUCCGGAGCGUGCCAGCAGCGCCCACUACACGCUCCGUUUCAAAUAGACUGCCAGUCUCUUUUGGACGGUGCUCGCUGCAAGUGCGAGUCAAGCCAGACAGGAUUGAAUGACACGGACAGGAAGUCAGGCAAGGAAACGCACAGGGGAUGUGGUCAUUUUCAAAAUAAAACACAACAAACGGACUCCUGAUCGUACAUUCCAUCACUUCAUCAACAUUACGUCAAAACAGGAUGAACAACAAAUCAUCCUCAGAAAGACAAAGCUACAUGUAGUUAACACGUUUUUCUCUUUAUUCCCGCGUGAUCUUGUAGUUCUCUUGUGAUGUGAGUACAGCUACUCAUGGUUGCGCUCACAUUGCAGAAACUGAGUCAGUGGGCGAGCGCCGUUUGAUGGAGCAAGACUGUGGCUGGCUGAACGCGGUGCCUACGAACUAUGUGGAAAUUGCCAGUAAGUGUGACAGGUUUCUGUGCAUUCACACCGCGGGCAGCUACAAUCUCAAUGAAUAAAAAAAAAGAUGGCUCACUUUCGACAAUGGAUCUUUGGCUUCAGUUAAACCACUUUUGGUUGAUUUGUUUCAAAUUUUGCAUCAUUUUCUUUUUAGUUUUUUUGUUGUUACAUAAAGAGAUAAAUGUACAGUAUGCGCAGCACAGCAGCUGCUAGCGGUGUGAACACGAAGCUUGGGCGUUUCAUCGGAGAAAUGAGCCACCAAACUUUCCUUCUCUCCCCUCGUCUCUUUUUCCUCAUGUCUAUCCAUUGUGUUGUUGCGUGUCUGCUAUUGUAAAGCUGGUCUGUUUUAAAAAAAAAAAGAAUAUAUGUGGAUAUAUUUAUUUCAUCUAAAAAAUAGCAUAUAUAAAUAUAUAUAUGAAAGUAUAUUUCAAAGCGCUAAGAUAUAUGUUACAUGAGUUUGUAUACUAAAUUUUUCGGUAUUAUCUAAAUGAAUAUGUCUCUUUUGUCUGUUUGUCUCUCCUUGUCUCGACCCUCCUGCCCAGUCCUAUUCCCAAGUGGAAACAGAGACCAGUAUGUAACUGUGUUUUUGCUCACUUAAAGGGAUCGUGUGGUUGCAGGAGGUCCAUCUCAAUAACAAGUCUUUUAGCAACAAGAGAUGCUGGUUAGCUCCACCCCUUCAAGGAGAGACCAAUCAGAGCAUUGCCAUGGAAGCCAGGCUGCAGACGGCGCCGUUUGUGCCACAUAAUUUAACUAAUUUUAGGGAAAAUAGACCAACACAAUGACAAUGUAAGUGUACCCCAUUUUCAGCAUUUUUCCAGCAAUAUACUGCUGGCAGGCCACUUUGUUUGAGCACUCCUUCGGUGCACCACAUUCCUGUCUUGUUCUGUCGACUGGUCGACU